GUGCUCUGUGUAAAGUUAUUUAAACAAUGACAGAAAACAGCGGACGUUUACCAGUUUAAUGUCGGCCGUUCUUGUAUUUUGUUUUUAGGCAAUAGACCCAAGGCUUUCAGUCGUAAUGAUUUGAGUUCAAAUUUUCGUACGAACUACUGAUUUUAUAAGGAAGUACCGUAAAUAAGUUGCUGACUCUGAUUUAUCAAAUCAAAAUGCAAAUGUUGACAUUAUUUUGGAAGCGUUGACCGGAAGUUAAGCAGCGGCUGUUCACCAAAUUGACGUGGACACAAGGGAGAGGCGCAGGGUGAGGGACAAGUCUAUCCUAAUAGAGCCGAACAAAUCAGCAUGGAGUGAGACCUCUUUCCUUCUAGAAAUGCAUUAUAUCCACGUUGGAUGCGUCCCGUUCACUAUCAUUAUUUCAUACAAAUAGACGAGCUUGUCUUGCAAAUGGCAGCCCUGAGAUCUAAAGCUACAUCCAGCGGGGACAGCUCCCUGAGGGAUGGGAAGAGCAGCGCGGGCUGUCCCGCAGAAGCAGCAGCGAACAGUCGGAUAUACAGCCUGGAUGAGCUGGAGACCAUGGCCACUGUGGGAACUGGGACUUUUGGUCGAGUCUUCCUUGUCAAGGACAAGAAAAGCAAGGCCUUCUUUGCACUAAAACAGAUGAAGAUUUCUGACGUGAUCCGGCUGAAGCAGGAGCAGCACGUCCACAACGAGAAGGAGGUGCUGACAGAAAUCAGCCACCCUUUUCUCAUCAGGCUCUUCUGGACUCACCAUGACGAUCGCUUCCUCUACAUGCUGAUGGACUACGUCCCAGGUGGAGAGCUCUUCAGCUACCUACGCAGUCGCGGGCGAUUCAGCAAUGCCACAGGCCUCUUCUACACCUCUGAGAUUGUAUGCGCCAUUGAGUACCUUCACUCUAAAGAAAUAGUCUACAGAGACCUGAAGCCUGAGAACAUCCUGCUGGACAGUGAGGGACAUAUCCGCCUUACUGACUUUGGCUUUGCUAAGAAGCUAUCUGAUAGUUCCAAGCAUCUUGUGUCUUCUCUUCAAACAAGUUCCCUCAGAAUGUGGAGCAGAUGUUGUCGGGAGUGAUGGUAGCUUAGGAGGGAGGAGUUCAUCCUGUAACCAGUGGAUUGGGUCGUGGACAAGACACUUAAAAAAGGCAGCCUGUAAUUUUUGUUAAGUAUUUACUGUAGAAAAUUGUUGUCCUUUCAAUGAACCAACAUCUUGUCUUUGUUGUUAGAUUUUAUAUUAAAACAACACAAAACUUUUGCCA